AAAAAAAACAAUCGAAUUUACGAUUUUCCUCCUUCUCUCCUCUUCGCUUCUCUGUAGCUAAUGCAUGGCAGCGCCCAAGCCAAGGUCAAGUCGGUCAACCUCUCUUCGCGACUCCAUGGAGUCCGAGAAGCUCGAAAGCACUACCAGCUGGGACGCUCUCGAAUGGACCAAAGUCGAGUCGGUGACGCGGACGGUCUCGCAUGCUUAUCUUGAUAUAUUGCUCGAGGCUGAGCAAGUUGUAGUUGAGGGAUAUGGUGUUGUUCUUGUUAAUACUGAUGAGGCCGGUACUUUGAUAGUGACGAAUUAUCGUAUUCUGUUUUUGAGUGAGGGAACCAGAGAUAUUAUAGCACUUGGCACUAUACCACUAGCAACUAUUGAGAAGUUUAGCAAAACGGUUGCAAAGAUUCAAUCAGCUCCUCGUCACACUGACAAGUCUCCAUCUCGGCGACUUCUCCAAGUCAUUGGUAAAGAUAUGAGAAUUAUUGUCUUUGGUUUCCGCCCAAGAACAAAGCAGAGGCGUGCUGUAUAUGAUGCAUUAGUGAGGUGUACAAAACCAACAAGAAUAUGGGAUAUUUAUGCAUUUGUUUCUGGGCCUUCCAAAUACAGUAAUACUAACCCUAAGGUGCGGUUGCUAAAUGAGUAUUUCCGUCUUCUUGGAAGAAGCUCUUAUUGUGCAUCGAUGGAUAUGAUUGAAGAUGGAUCAUACAGAAUCUCUAAUGAGUUGUGGAGAAUAACUGAUGUAAAUUCCACCUACUCAUUGUGCCAGAGUUAUCCAUUUGCUUUGAUUAUUCCAAAAAGCAUUAGUGAUCAAGAAGUGCUCCAGGGUUCCUCCUUUCGUGCAAGGUGUCGGUUGCCUGUAAUUUCAUGGUGUCAUCCAGGAACGGGAGCAGUCCUUGCACGUUCAUCUCAACCGCUAGUUGGUCUUAUGAUGAAUAUGAGGAGUAAUGCUGAUGAAAAGCUCGUUGCUGCCCUUUGCACUCAACUUGCUAGUCGAGGGGUGGCACGGAGGAAGCUAUAUAUUGCUGAUGCAAGACCAAGAAAAAAUGCUUUGGCAAAUGGGGCAAUGGGAGGUGGCUCAGAGUCUUCUUCACAUUAUUUUCAAUCUGAGAUAGUAUUUUUUGGGAUAGACAACAUACAUGCAAUGAGAGAGAGUUUUGCUCGGCUUAGAGACUACUUGGACACUCAUGGAUCUACAUCAUCUGAUGGGAUGUCAUCAUUCUUGAGACAUGGUGGUUGGACUUGGGGUGGAGGUAAUCUAAGUAGUAUGUCUGCUUCAGUUUCAACGCUUGGAGAUAGUGGUUGGUUAAUACAUGUUCAGAGUGUCUUGGCUGGUUCAGCUUGGAUUGCUGCUCGUAUUGCUUUGGAAUCAGCAUCUGUGCUUGUACAUUGCAGUGAUGGUUGGGAUAGAACAACUCAGUUGGUUUCACUCGCUAAUUUGUUGCUUGAUCCAUACUAUCGAACAUUCUCUGGGUUUCAGGCACUUGUUGAAAAAGAUUGGCUAGCGUUUGGUCAUCCAUUUUCAGAUCGUGUGGGAAUGCCAUCACUGUCUGGAAGUGGCGACAUGCCUUUUGAAUUAUCUAGGCAGUCUUCUACUGGGAGUUUUUCAUCAUCACCAAUGCGCCAGACAUCUGGUUCAUUCUCGUCUCAAGCUCCAAGUGCUUCUCAUGGACAGAACAACUACUCUCCCAUAUUUUUACAGUGGGUUGAUUGUGUUUCACAAUUGUUGCGGAUGUAUCCUUCUGCUUUUGAGUUCUCCUCGGCUUUUCUGGUGGACUUCUUGGACUGUGUGCUUUCUUGUCGCUUUGGAAACUUCUUGUGCAAUAGUGAAAAGGAGAGGCAGCAAUGUGGUGUCUAUGAAGCUUGUGGAUGCUUGUGGAAAUAUUUGGCUGAUUUGCGCUCUUCAGAGGAAAGAGCUCAUGCACACUAUAACCUAUUUUAUGAUCCAUUGAAACAUAAUGGACCACUCUUACCUCCAGCAGCAGCUUUAGCCCCAACUUUGUGGCCCCGAUUCCAUCUUCGUUGGGCUUGUCCUGCCGAAGCCCAAGCAGGGGAGCUUGAUACUCAAUUUAGGGACAUGACUGUAAAAUUCUCUGAACUUAAAAAGGCAAAAGAAGUAGCAGAAAAGAAAUCUAGAGAAACCGCAACUGCUGUGGAGUUACUAACUGCGGAGUUACGAAACGAAAAGCAGCUCAGAAGCACGACUAUGAAUUUAGCCAAGAAAGCCAGCAAAGAAAGUGCAGCCAUAAAGCGAGCCAUUGAAGCAUUAGGAUGCAAGGUUCAUUUUGCUAGCACAGGUGAUUGUGCUGUCGGCAUUGAAAGCAAUCCAACAGAGUGUCAAAUGAAAGUGUCUGAUGGCACUGUGCAGCACACCGAGAUAUCUGAUUUCUCUGUUUCAGUCACAGUGAUGGAUGAUUCUGUUUCCAGGAACCCAAUUGGUCAAGUGUGUGAAGCUUUGUGUCCAUUGCGCACACGGGAAGGGGGCUGCAGGUGGCCAGAUGCUGGUUGUGCCCAGCUUGGUAGUCAAUUUGUCGGACUAAAAGCAAAUUUUGAUGCAUUCGAUCGACUCUCUAUUUAUGAUGGUUAUUUCCAAUCUGAGUGAAAUUGAAGAAUAUUUUGAGCUUAGUAUAAGAUUGAAGCACUGGCCUUGAAGAUCAAAGUUCAAAAUCUUAGUCCCAAACGGAUUGCAGAUUUUUAUCCGACUGUUGAAAGCAAUGUGGAGGCAGUGCAUAAAGAUUGACCCUUUUCUGAUGGGUCUCGGAGUUGUACAGAGAAUAUAGAGUUAGCUGUGGACUUGGAACUGGAAAAACUUCAACUGAUGCCAAAAGGUCUUCCCAGGUCCAUUACAUUUUCAUAUAGUCGAGUAUAGCAAAUUUUACAUUAACAUUCUUUUCUUGAAUAAAAAUCAGCAUGUGUACAGGACU